GAUACAUUGCCAAUAUUAUUGUUUGUCCUAAUAAUGGAACACAAGCGAUUCAAGACAAGAAUGAUAAAUAGGAUUCCGAUGAAGGCGUGGUUAGGAUUGCAAAUUUCGACAGUAUUACUAGUGGGUGGAAAUCACACAUCCUCAAGGUUUUGUGUAAAAUGGCAAGUAGUACGUGGGGGAAUGGCUAGACGAUUGAUUCUAGCGUGUUUAUGUUUCGUGAUAGCUAUGGUUAUUGUUUCAUUUACUCGUAUAUCAUAUGAAAUCACGACAAAUGAGCAAAUCUUGGUGAAUCUAGACGAAUGUUCGUUAGAUUACUCACAUAUGAAAAUAAGGGAAAAUAUACAAAAUGUGGGAUAUGGUAAGAAUUUAAGUGCUAGUGUAGUUGAAGAGCUCAUGAAUAAAAACAUGUUAAGUCUUGAUGCAAGAGCAUUAUGUGUAGGGGAAAAUUCGGGUUUGGAUUUGUUAACAUUGAAAGAAUUAGGAUUCAAUGAAGCGUUUAGUGUUUAUAAAAGCCCGAUUUCAUCCCUAAUUUUACAAAAACAAGUUGAAGAUGAUCAAGUGGAGUUUGAAACCAACUCAUUUGAUUUUGUAUUGUCAAGAACUUUUGAUCGGGUUCCUAUCCCAGCUCGUCUCGUUCUAGAGAUCGAACGUGUUUUAAGACCUGGAGGCAUCGGUGCUAUGCUUGUCGGGUUCUCUAGUACUUACCAUAUGGGCAGCUUGAUAAGAUCUGUCACACCGGUAUCUUUACUACUAAGAAGUUCAGACAUUUUUCAUGUUUGUGGGGUUGGGUCAUUUGCAUUGAUCAUUUUCAAGAAAAAGUUGAACAAUGUAAUGGAUUUUAAGGAUUUUAAACUUCCUAGUGUGUGCCCAUCUAUUUCAAGAAACAAACCUUUUAUGCAACAUAUGGAGCCUCUUGAUCAUGAUCAAAAGUUUGUAGCUUAUUUGCCCGAAUUCAUGAAUGUUUCAUCAAGAAACAAGCUAAUUUACAUCAACAUGGGGACAGGUGAAAUAGGACCAAAUUACCCAAUCCAUCCACAAAUGUUUAAUGUCUAUGUGGUUGAUCACAAUGUAUCUGCUCUCUCUGCUUAUGUCAAAAAGCCCGGCGUCACAUUUGUUUAUCACCCGGGACUUGUUCAAAACGAUAAGCUUUCUCCUAGUUUUAACCAAGUUGUUGAUUACUAUGAGGCUCCAUUGCACGAUGAACGGUUUGAAUUCAUUAACUGGUUUAAGGAAACCGCGAAAGAUGGUGACUUUGUGGUGCUUAAGAUGAAUGCAGAAGUGACACAGUUGAAAGUCCUUUUUGAGUUAUUUGAAAGUGGAGCAAUUUGUCAUGUUGAUGAGAUGUUUAUAGAUUGCUCUGAGGGUGUUGAUUGUAGAAAUAAUCGGUGCAACGACUGUUUGAGCCUGUUUAAAGGGCUUAGAGAUGCUGGCGUUUUUGUUCAUCGAUGGUCUGGGGUCUAAAAUAUGUAUGUUUUUUUUUUAUCAAAUGUUUAUUGUUGUAUGAU